AUGGGGCCAGCUGAUGAGCCAAGAGUGCCCUCUGCACAGGUGCCCCAGUACCAGGUGCCCUCACUGCGUGCCCUCUACAAGGUGCCCCUCACGGGCCUCACUACACAGGUGCUCACUACAGGUGCAGCUCACUGCACAGGUGCACCUCACUACACAGGUGCCCUCCAGUACUGGUGCCCUCACUACACAGGUACCCCCACUCACGUUGCCCCCAGUACCGUGCCCCCCAGUACAGUGCCCCCAGUACACAGGUGCCCCCCAGUACUGAGACCCCCACUGCACAGGUACCUCAGUGCACCAGGUGCCCCUCACUACACAGGUGCCCCCUCUACAGGUGCCCUCACUGCACAGUGCCCUCUACACAGGUGCCCCUCACUACACAGUGCCCCCGGUACACAGGUGCCCCUCACUGCACAGGUGCCCUCACUACAGGUACCCCCAGUGCCAGGUGCCCCCUCACUACAGGUGCCCCUCACUACAGGUACCCUCACUACACAGGUGCCCCAGUACACAGGUACCCCUCACUACAGGUGCCCCCCAGUACCUGGGUGCCCCCAGUACUGGUGCCCUCUCUACAGAGUGCCCCUCGCCACACAGGUACCCCAGUGCUCCCCCCCCACAGGUGCCCCUCAGUACUGCCCUCAGUACACAGGUGCCCUCACUACAGGUGCCCUCUCUGCAGUGCCCCUCACUACACAGGUGCCCCUCACUACUGGGUGCCCUCACUACCUGGGUGCCCCCAGUCCACAGGUACCCCCAGUACCCAGGUGCCCCCAGUACACAGAGUACCCCAGUACACAGGUACCCUCACUACACAGGCCCUCAGUACCCACAGGUGCCCCCAGUACACAGGUGCCCCUCACUGCAGGUGCCCCCAGUACAGGUGCCCCCAGUACACAGGUGCCCCUCAGUACAGGUGCCCCCCAGUACUGGUGCCCCCAGUACACAGGUGCCCUCACUACAGGUGCCCCCAGUACACAGGUGCCCCUCACUACCUGGGUGCCCCCAGUGCACAGGUGCCCCCCAGUACUGGGUGCCCCUCGCACCUGGUACCCCCAGUACCAGGUGCCCUCUACACAGGUGCCCCCAGUACAGGUGCCCCCCCAGUACACAGGUGCCCUCACUACACCGGGUGCCCCCCUCACUACACAGGUGCCCCUCACUACACAGGUGCCCCCCCAGUACCAGGUGCCCCCUCACUACACAGGUGCCCAGUACACAGGUGCCCCCCAGGCACAGGUGCCCCUCAGUACACAGGUGCCCCUCACUACACAGGUGCCCCCCAGAUACAGGUGCCCUUACACGGUACCCCCAGUACACAGGUGCCCCCAGUACACAGGUACCCCCAGUAUGGUGCCCCUCACUACCUGGGCCCCCAGUACAGGUGCCCUCACUACACAGGUACCCCCAGUACACAGGUGCCCUCAGUACCUGGUGCCCCUCACUACACAGGUGCCCCCCCAGUCUGGGUACCCCCAUGGUACCCCCAGUACACAGGUGCCCCUCACUUGGGUACCCUCCAGUACACAAGUGCCCCUCACUACACAGGUGCCCCUAGUACACAGGUACCGCUCACUACUGGAGUACCCCUCAUAUUAUGGAUCGUUUUGUGACGAGGAGUCUGUGGCCGGCAGCAGUGAUCCUGCCGACCAGUACAUGAACACGGAAGUUGAAGUGACUGAGACUGUUGACAGCCAGUCCACUGAGACUGAGGUGGCAGAGGUACUGUCCCGUGAUAAGGUCCGGCACUCCAUCAACGGCUGGUUCCACGGACCUAACAUUGAGAGACCGCCCAAGUACAUCACACCUUCCAGAGCCUUUGAUGUUCCUUUGCAUAUUGAGGUUAGCUUAGGUUCCUGUUCUUAA